AUGCCACCGGCGACGUCAGGACGCAAGGGGAAUGCCGGGGCGGCAGGACACCAGCGCAAGGGGAAGGCGGCCCCAGCGGCGAAGGGCGCGGUGGUCCCGGCACCGGACGCGGACGACGAUACGAAUGCCGGCUUCGGGAAGUAUUUAAGAUCGCAGGAAGGUAUCGAAAUGAUGAAGCUGUUCGUGAUCGCUAACACGAUUGUGGUGUUUAUUACGAUGGCCUGGCCGCAGAUGCAGCAGUCCUAUCGCAUCCUGCGCGCGCUUGUAUUUAACGACGAGGACGAAGAGUCUGGCGAGCUUUAG